AUCUCUGUAAACAGAGUCACGUGCACACAGCGCGCCAACGAGUACGAAAAGUUAUAACAUAAAUACAAAAAAUUAUUUUCAGUGUUUUUCAUUUUUCUAGUCACUGUUUUGGAGAAACGUGUUUCAAAUAUGUGCGUGUGACUGGAGAAAGUAUGACUUGCACAUGAGUGCAGAUUGACGACGCUCCCUCCUUAAACAUGUAUUCCACGCUGGUGAGGAUUCAAGGACCGCUGUCCACGAUGACCUUAUCGAAAAGAAUUCCCGGUCUGACCAAAGCGUAUAGUACUAUCGCUACAUUUUCCUCACAUCGUCCAAUGAUAAUUAGGAGAUCGUCCAGGCUUCAGAUGUGCAGCUCUAUGGUGUUAUCAAGACUUGCUUCUACUUCAAGUGGAAUUAGUUUAGAAAGUACACAAAGUGUACCUAUCCCCGUUAAUGGUACACCUCCUAAUUUACUGGAACUGAUGGAUUUGCAUGCUACGACUUUGACCGGGACAAUAUUUUCCGACACUGGUCCUGUUAUAAUGACUGCAGAUUUUCUCUGUUACCUAAAAGAUAUUGAUGGUUUGAGUUGGGUUCAGGUCAUUCUGUGCACCACAGUUAUCAUCCGGGUUCUGACCGGUUUGCCAAUUGCUAUUGCUCAACAGAGAUCUAUCAAGCGACUUGAAGACGUAAAACCCAAAGCAAUACAGCUUGCUGAAGAUAUAAAGAAAGAAAUUGGAUUUGCAAUACGGAAAUUCGGGUGGGAUGAGAAGACUGCUAAAACUCAGUUUAGAAAAGCCUACAAGAAACACUGGCGGAGGCUUAUGGAGGAGCACAAUUGUCAUCCCAUGAAAUCAAUAUCUUUAGCACUGAUUCAAAUACCAGUGUGGAUUUGCUUCUCAAGUGCACUAAGAAAUAUAGUUUUUGGGCUUCCAUUACCACGAACUGAAGAACAAGCGGAAAGAUGGUACGGAAUGUUCCAAGAAGGCACCCCUUGGAUUGAAAAUUUAACAGUCAGUGAUCCUUAUGUGCUACCAGGAAUAUUUCUAACUGCGAAUCUAGUCAAUAUUUAUCUUCAUUCGAGAAAUCGACCUUCUGUUCCUGUCCAAUCCAAAUUGCAAACAGCUCUUCCAUGGAUUUUUUCAGGUGGAAUUGUGUGUAUUUCGGUGCUAGCCUGUUAUGUGCCAUCUGCCGUUACUUUGUACUGGGCGACUUCAAGCACAGUUGCUUUAACACAAAAUGUGGUGUUGAUGCAUCCAGGAUUAAGAAAGAUCCUUAGAAUGCCUGCUUUUUCAUCUGCCACACCUCAAACACCUUCAAUUACUGCAAAACCUUGACAAGCAGAUUCAUCUCAAGUUUUUAAUGUUAUAUUUCUACUUAAUAAUUUAUUUUAUAAAAAUAGUAAUGUGAUAACCAAGCAAAGAUCUAGUAAUUUCAUUAUUUGUACUGUAGAAUCAAAACCAAUUUUUAAUGCUAUUCUCUGAAAUUUAUAAUAAAAUAAAAUGAGUUCAAUUGUUAAA